GAAAGUGCAGAGCAGAAAGAGGAUCCCCAGAAACAGAGCUGUCAGUCUCUGGCCAGGAAGGCAAAGCACAGAAAACUCAGGUGCUAGCGCACGGGCUGGGGGACGGCCAGCCGGUUUGCGCUGGGCCGGACCCCGAGGGCGGUCAGGUGCAACGGGGCGGGGGCUCCUGACCUCCGGCCGCGGGGCCAGGGCGGGCCGAGCGGCGGGGCAUUUAAACCCCGCUGACAGCCCGGCCGGGACACGCGCCCAGCUCCGCGCCCUGCUCCGUCGACUCAGCUUCGGGUACCGGUCGGGCAAGAUGCGGUCUUCCCUGGCUCCGGGUGUCUGGUUCUUCCGCGCCUUCUCCCGGGACAGCUGGUUCCGAGGCUUCAUCCUGCUGCUGACCUUCCUCAUCUAUACCUGUUACCACAUGUCCAGGAAGCCCAUCAGUGUGGUCAAGAGCCGGCUGCACCAGAACUGCUCGGAGCUGAUCAAACCUAUCAACGACACCCACAGUCUCAAUGACACCACAUGGUGCAGCUGGGCCCCAUUUGACAAGGACGACUACAAGGAGUUACUGGGCGCCGUGGACAAUGCCUUCCUGGUGGCCUAUGCCAUUGGCAUGUUCAUCAGUGGGAUGUUUGGGGAGCGGCUCCCCCUCCGCUACUACCUCUCAGCAGGAAUGCUGCUCAGUGGCCUCUUCACCUCGCUCUUUGGCUUGGGAUAUUUCUGGAACAUCCAUAUGCUCUGGUACUUUGUGCUCAUCCAGAUCUGCAAUGGACUCGUCCAGACCACGGGCUGGCCCUCCGUCGUGACCUGUGUUGGAAACUGGUUCGGCAAGGGAAAGCGAGGCCUCAUCAUGGGCGUGUGGAACUCCCACACGUCCGUCGGCAACAUCCUGGGCUCCCUGAUCGCCGGUGUCUGGGUGAACCAGCACUGGGGCCUGUCGUUCAUCGUUCCUGGCAUCAUUACCGCUGCCGUAGGCGUCCUCACCUUCCUCUUCCUCAUCGAACACCCGGAAGACGUGGACUGCACCCCUCCUCAGCACCAUGGCGGGCCGGACGAGGACCAGGACAACCCUCAGGAUCCUGGGAAUGGCCCCUACUCUAACAGGGAGAGUGGCCUUGAGACUGCAGCCAGAUGCUCCAAGGAGGCAUAUGAGGAGCCUGCCGCCAUCAGCUUCCUCGGGGCACUCCGGAUCCCGGGCGUGGUCGAGUUCUCUUUGUGUCUGCUCUUUGCCAAGCUGGUCAGUUACACCUUCCUCUACUGGCUGCCGCUCUACAUCUCCAACGUGGCUCACUUUAGUGCCAAGGAGGCUGGGGACCUAUCUACGCUUUUCGAUGUUGGUGGCAUCAUAGGCGGCAUUGUGGCGGGGCUCAUCUCUGACCGCACCGACGGCAGGGCCACCACCUGCUGCAUCAUGCUGAUCCUGGCUGCCCCCAUGAUGUUCCUGUACAACUACAUUGGCCAGAACGGAAUCACCAGCUCCAUAGUGAUGCUGAUCGUCUGCGGGGCGCUGGUCAACGGUCCCUACGCGCUCAUCACCACCGCGGUCUCCGCCGACCUGGGUACUCACAAGAGCCUGCAGGGCAACGCCAAGGCCCUGUCCACCGUCACGGCCAUCAUCGACGGCACUGGUUCCAUAGGCGCGGCUCUGGGGCCUCUGCUGGCCGGGCUCAUCUCCCCCACGGGCUGGAACAACGUCUUCUACAUGCUCAUCUCUGCCGACAUCCUGGCCUGCUUGUUCCUCUGCCGGUUGGUGUACAAAGAGAUCCUGGCCUGGAAGUCAUCCCUGACCAGAGACAGAGGCUCUAAUCUGGUCCUAACCCACCCGCGAUAGUAUUUUCCUCAAGUCCCAUGACUCUUGUAUAAAGAAAUAUGAGGCUCCAACUGGAAGAGAAGCAUGGAGGGUCCCAGCUGGGUCCCCAACAUGCUCCCCAUGGGCAAGACAAUGGAAACUUCCACAGAUGGGGGAGGCAGAGCCAGCCCAGCCCAGCCACAGGACUGCUAAGGGUACAGGAGAUUGUCCAUGGGAAAGGGACUGCCAAGCAGGAGGAAAUGGAAGAUUCAAGAGCCUGAGCUCUGGAAGCUGCAAGCAGAAGGGAUGGGGAUCAGAGCUGAGUGCUGUCUCCAUAUUGAUACGGGAAGGUUAUGCUCAGACUCUCGCUUGUUCAGAUUCCAAGACAGAAGGCUCUAAUAGGGCCAAGGCCUGGAAAAUGUCCUUCUCGCCUUCUCAUGUUAAAUUUUAAUCUCUGUAAUCAGCCUGUACCUAUAGGUAGGCAUCUCACUCCAUUUCAAAGGGGCCCAGCCCAUCUUUGUCCCUUUGUGCAUGAAUUAGUCUUCUUCUCUGUGUAUUUCCCUAAGUGGGACCCUCUCUACCCUCCAUUUGAUCCUGUUGAUAACUCCAUCACCCACCCCACUCCAACAUCACUGCUCUUCUUCCUGGGCCAGGACUAGGCUGAGGCAAGGAAGCUGCCUCAGUGCAGAACUUAAGGGGCAUUCACUCUGGUCCCAACCCCUGAUGUCCUCAGUGGAAGAGGACAUCAGGGCCAGUGCUGUGGGGGGAAUUGAAAGAGGGGCUGGGCAUGGCUAAAAAUGGCAGUGUGUGUAUUAAGUAUUUUGAGAAUGAAAUGCCAGUGGUUACAGAGUGCUGGCCGUAUGCCAGCUCUACUCUAGGAAUGAAGUAGACAAUGGACACAAAGAGGACUUAUGCCUUGGCAUCAGGGUGACAAGACUAGAAGGAAAUGAGCGCACUGACUGGUUCAUUCAAGCAGCUUCUGCCUGUGCAGUUGCUCAGCGCCACAUGCAGCCCCCUUUCUACCCAGUGUUCCUGACGCACGUCCUCCUUCCACCCCAAAUCCUGCCCGGCUGACUCCUGGCAUCUCCAUCUGACCAUAAAGCUGCCCAUCGGCACCAAUACAGAUUGCCUUUUACCA